AUCAUCUGUUUGUCUUUGACAGGAGAGAGACCAGACUCUCCUUCUGACAGCAGGAAGAGUCCUUCAGGGAAACCAGACCCCGAGACGUCCAAACCAGCAGGACGACAUCACUGCUCCCAGUGUGGAAAGAGUUUUACUCAGUUAGGGAGCCUGAGAACACAUAAGAGAAUACACACUGGAGAGAAGCCUUACCACUGUUCCCAAUGUGGAAUGGCAUUUACCCAGUUAGGGAGCCUGCAAACGCAUGAGAGGGGACACACAGGGGAAAAGCUUUUCCAAUGUUCCCAUUGUGGAAAGAGUUUUGGCCAGGUAGGAAACCUGAACAAACAUGAGAGGACACACACAGGUAAGAAGAUGUACCGCUGCUCCCAGUGUGGAGAGAGAUUUACCCGGUUAAGGUACCUGAAAGAGCAUGAAAGAAUACAUACAAAUACACAGGAGGAGAAGACAUACCACUGCUCUCAUUGUGGAAAGACCUUUUCCCAGUCAGAGAACCUGAAAACACAUGAGAGAAUCGAGAGGCUGUGUUCUGACUUGUGUUUUUGACUGAGAAUGUGUGUUUUUGUUUGGGCUGUCAGACUUGAGUUCACUUUGUGUAAUGUUAGUGCACAAUUUUUUGUGAAUUUAUUGUAAUGUUUUUAAAAUUGUAUAACUGCCUUUAUUUUUGCUGGACCCCAGGAAGAGUAGCUGCUGCCUUGUCAGGAACUAAAUGGGAUCUAUACUAAAUACAAAUACUUUUAUCAAUAUAUUUGUCUCUUUACUCUCGGAUUUGAAAAUGCUAAUUAGCAUCAAAGUAAACUACAUGCAAGACUACAAAUCCCUGCAAGCUCCUGCAAGUCAUCUCUAGCCGACACCUUUCACAGAACAUUUCACAGAAUUGUCCAUUGAAAUAAAUGUUGACAAUUUAAUCAUUGCUACAUUAAGGCCUGAUUGGUGGAGUGCUGCAGAGAUGGUAGUCCUUCUGGAAGGUUCUCCCGUCUUCACAGAGGAAAUCUGGAGCUCUGUCAGAGUGAACAUCGGGUUCUUGUUCACCUCCCUGACCAAGGCCCUUCUCCCCCGAUUUAUCAGUUUGGCCGGGCGGCCAGCUCUAGAAAGAGUAUUGGUGGUUCCAAACUUCUUCCAUUUAAGAAUGAUGGCGGCCAUUGUGUUCUUGGGGACCGUCAAUGCUGCAGACAUUUUUUCGUACCUUUCCCCAGAUCUGUGCCUCGACACAAUCCUGUCUCAGAGCUCUACGGACAAUUCCUUUGACCUCAUGGCUUGGUUUUUGCUCUGACAUGCACUGUAAACUGUGGGACUUUAUAUAGACAGGUGUGUGCCUUUCCAAAUCAUGUCUAAUCAAUUGAAUUUACCACAGGUGGACUCCAAUCAAGUUGUAGAAACAUCUCAAGGAUGAUCAAUGGAAUCAGGAUGCAUCUGAGGUCAAUUUCGAGUCUCAAAGCAAAGGGUCUGAAUACUUAAGUAAAUACAUUUGCAAAAAUGUCUAAAAAACAGUUUUUGGUUUGUCAUUUUGGGGUAUUGUGAUGUCAUUUUGGGGUAUUGUGAUGUCAUUUUGGGGUAUUGUGAUGUCAUUUUGGGGUAUUGUGAUGUCAUUUUGGGGUAUUGUGAUGUCAUUAUGGGGUAUUGUGUGUAGAUUGAUGAGGGGGAAAAGAUUAUUCAAUUUUAGAAUGAGGCUGUAAUGUAACUGAAUGUGGAAAAAGUGAAGGGGUCUGAAUACUUAACGAAUGCACUGUAUUACACUGGCAGUGUUUUCUACCAUUGACAGUUUUGUACACAGUCACGUGAUACGUGGUAUAGAAAAGUCCAAUCUUAGGAGAGUACAUGGGAGGCACUAUACUGUGUGUCUGCAGGUGUCUAUCUGGUCAAAACCACUGAUACAGUUGCCCCUCCACCCUCUGGUGGGAUGGAUCAUGUCUACAGAGAAACCUAGAUUCAAAUACUUUGAUUUGUGUGUAUUGGGUAUAUGUUGUGAAAUUGUUAGAUAUUACUGCACUGUCGGAACUAGAACCACAAGCAUUUUGCUACACCCGCAAUAACAUUUGCUAAACACGUGUAUGUGACCAAUAAAAUGUUAUUUGAUUUUGAUUUGAAAUAAACGUCCUAUUUAUCAAAGGA